GGCGUGCGAAACUCACGAUCACUGCGCUUUGAAACUCUUCUAUGAUGUGGUUUUCCUUUUGGCCAUUUCUAGUUUUCUAUGAUGGUCAAAGGCAUUAUCCAUUUACAGCGUCCCGGCUGCUCAUUGUGGCCUCUAUUGAGCCGCGUAGUGGUUUUCGUAUAAAUGGUCUACGACCAUUUCGUUGAGGCAUCACCAACUUGUUUGUAUCACCUUCAAAGCCUAUCCACAGAACCUCUCCAUCGAACCACAGAAUGCAACAGUACUUGCCUUCAGUCGGUCCAACGCCUGAAUCCUUGUCAAGGCCACGUCGCAAUGCAGUGGACAUUUCUGCUUUAACCAGCAAUACCAGAACAUCCCCUAUUCCGUCGCGUUUUGGUCGACGAAACGCUAUCGACUACACCUCUUCUCUGGUUAAAUCAGACUGGUGGCAUGCGGGUCAACCCCACGCCUUUGUUCCUCGCCAUAACUACGGAGCCAACCCCGCUGUACCAUUUGGUUCAGCUGAACAGGUUCAAGCUGGUGUUGCUAUGUCCGAGCUCGAAAAUCAUCAAGACUUGAACCACUCCUCGGCCUUAAUCACUAGCUUCCUUCCGAGGGAUUGGAUGCCAAAGCGGCCCUUCGUUCGUCUAGUCAUUAAUUGGCCGGGCUAUAAUCAUCUCCAGAUUGUCAAAAAAUUAUUCUUCUUCUCCCAUAAUGGCAAUCCUCGAACGCUCAUGGAGGUAGCUCAUGAUAUUGCGGACAUUUACCGCAGUUUUAUACAUGACUUCCAUACGGCCUUCAAUUCUGCUGAGCACGGAGCAGUGCGUCUGGGUCCCAAUUAUGUAACCUUCGGACAUUUGCGUUUAUUAGGCAUGCAACUCUGCAAUGCCUCUAGUGGGGACUGGAUUGCAGAUGUAAGCUAUGUACAAUUCAGAGCAGCUUGAGCAAAAUAUGUAAGCUCGCUGAAUACCCUAUGUUAUCGUAUAUGAUACAUUUAUGCCCCUAUUCCUGUAUGUUACAUGUAACAAAAGUAGUUGAUCACAAAUAUGCCGAACAUUAGAGCUUAUUAGCAACGCACGGCAAACUACUUUUCUUGGACAGAAAACUGCCAAGCAU